AUGGUUGUGCAAGACAUAACCUACCCCGAUCUGACAGACCUAGAUCAUAUCGCCGGCUCCAAGCCUUUCACAUACGAUGUAACGAACAACGAGCUCAAAUUCUUCUUUGGACUCCCUUGUCCUGGCUCUUCGACAAGCCCAUCGAGUCUUGAGGAGAUUGAGACAUUUAUGGUUGUCGGUGGACUCGGGUACAUCGGAUCACACACGGCUCUCGAACUCCUAAAGGCCAACUACAACGUCCUCAUCAUUGACAACCUUGCCAAUGCUUAUGAGUCUGCACUCUCGAAAAUCCGCAAACUUGCGGAUGAGCAUCAUGCCAGAAAUGGUACCACCAUGCCUUCUCUUAAGUUCCAUAAACUUGAUUAUCGCAAUUUGCACAUGCGUACCAUUUUCAGCAGAUAUGCAGUGCGUGACCCUAACAGCACUCGCCUGUCGCACAUCACGAGUGUGAUACACUUCGCAGCAUACAAAUCGGUCGAGGAGUCCAUUUCCAACCCCUUGGAUUACUAUGAAAACACUGUCUGUGGCCUUGUCAACCUCUUCGUCUUACUUGAAGAUUUCGGAAUCCACAACUUUGUUUUCUCUUCUUCCGCAACGGUGUAUGGCCUUGAGGCGAACAAAGGCGAGAAACUACGCGAAGAAGACCUGGUUCAUCACGACGAAGAUGAAGUCGACGCACUUGGUCGUAAGACACGGCUCGUCUCUGGCGUCAAAGGGCUGACCUCGCCCUAUGGGCGUUCGAAAUACUUCUCCGAGGCCAUUCUUGCGGAUUUAGCAUACGCGAACCCAUCCUGGCGGAUCACUGCGUUGCGCUACUUCAAUCCCGUUGGCUCCGAACCGACGGGUCCGCUUGGAGAAACGCCUCGAAACAAACCGACUAAUUUGUUCCCGGUUAUCUCUGAGGUGCUGAAGGGCUCGAGGCCCGAACUACAGGUCUUUGGCUCAGAUUGGGAAGGCAGCUAUGAUGGUACUCCGGUGCGAGAUUUCAUCCACGUUGUCGAUCUGGCCCGCGGUCACGUCGCUGCUUUAGCCGCUGCUGAGAAUAGGCGGCACGCCUUUCGAGCAUACAAUCUCGGCACUGGCAAAGGCUCGACUGUUGCAGAGGUCGUCAACAGCAUGCAACAAGCGUCUGGUUGCUCCAUACCGGUUAAGUAUGUGGGGCGACGACCCGGAGACCAGGGCAGCGACAGAGCUGAAAUGGCAAAAACAGCAUUCGCUGCUGGAGAAUGUUCAAAGGUCCCAACAAAGUGA